AUGGUCCGCCUCACGACGCUCGCUUUGCUCCUCUCCUCCGCCGCUAUCCCUGCUCUCGCGGUCCCUGCGCGCUUGUCCUCCUCCGACUUCGACUUCGACCAAGCGGUAGCGAACUUGACGUCUUCGACGCUGGUGGAAAGGGGAGAGAUCGAGGCGAGGGCGGUGAGCGUGCAGACGAAGUGUAAGAAGUCGGGACAGUUUGCGUUGACUUUCGACGACGGGCCUCUCUAUGGCGGCUCAGUCGCAUCAUUGCUCGAAUCGAACGGCGGGCGCGGGACAUUCUUCGUCAACGGGUACAACUGGGACUGUAUCUACUCGCCGGCGAGGGUGGACGACUUGAUCAAGCGUUACAAGGCUGGGCAUGUCAUUGGGUCGCAUACCUGGGGUCACGUCGACAUCGCCAAAAUCACGCCCGCCCAGCUGAACAAGCAGCUCGACCUCGUCGAAACGGCGCUCAUGAAGAUCCUCGGCAUCAAACCGCGUUUCUUCCGACCUCCUUACGGGUCGUACAACAGUGCGGCGCUUAAGGUGUUGCAGCAGCGAGGAUACACCGUCGUCAAUUGGUACUUUGACAGCGGCGACUCGGUAGGCAAGUCGGCCAGCCAGUCGAUUGCGGCUUACAAGAAGAUCAAGACCGGCUCGCCCACCUACGAGUCGACCAUCAAGACCGUCAUGCCCGCCGUCAUCCCCAUGCUCCGCCAGAAAGGCUGGACUCUCGUCUCGAUGGCCGACUGCCUCGGCCUAUCGCCAUACCAAUCCGUCGGUUCGCCUGGCAAGCGCGACUCGAGCUGGACGUGCAAUGGAACGCCUGGACCUGGUCAGACGUGA